AUGGCCAAACAGUUUCAAACCUCGGCCGACAAGCUCAAGCGAUUGCCGCACGCCGUCGAGGCGCCGUUCAACGCGUACAUCAGGCAGCACGAGCCUUUCUGCCUCCCCUCGACACGAACCGCCCUCUUAGAAGCGAUAUACGAUUGGACAGAUGCACAAGACGAACGAUGUUUGUACUGGUUGAGUGGACUCGCUGGUACGGGAAAGUCGACAAUCGCGCGGACUGUGGCUCGCAGGCUCAACGAUCAAAGACGCCUAGGGGCCAGCUUCUUCUUCUCCAAAGGCGGCGGCGAUGUUAGUCAUGCGGGCAAAUUCGUAACCAGCAUCGCCGUCCAGCUUGCGAGUCAUGUCCCAGGAAUACAUCAGCAUUUAGCUGAUGUACUUAAGAAGUUCCCUAAUAUCUCGAGUCUUUCGUUGCGCGACCAGUGGCGCCACCUUGUCCUUGACUUUUCAUUUGCACCAGCCCUUACAAUCGACGCCAGUUCUGUCAUCCUAGUUGUUGAUGCGCUGGACGAGUGCGAUAACGGCGACGACAUCGGAAGAAUCAUUGAGCUGUUGGCUGAAGCUCGGGACCUGGACGGACUCCGACUCCGAAUACUUGUAACGAGCAGACCUGAAGUACCGAUUCGACAUGGUUUUGAGUCUUUUGACCACAUGUCGAGCACGCUGCUCCAGCGCUACGUGCUACAUCGCAUAGCGCCCAACAUAGUCAAUGCUGACAUAGCGCUCUUCCUGAGCCACAAUCUAAAGACUAUCGGUAAACAACAAUACCUAACUGCGAAUUGGCCCGGUGCUAAGGUCAUUGCAACGAUGACAGAGAGGGCCAGUGGUCUCUUCGUCUGGGCGGCGACAGCGUGUAGAUUCAUCCAAAAAGGAAGACGAUUUGCGGAGCGGAGAUUGAAGUCGAUCAUGAAGGAUGAUGUCCGUCCGAUGGAGCCCGAAAAACAUCUCGACAACUUAUACCUUACCGUUCUGCGAGACUCACUCUCUCCUGAAUACAGCGCAGAAGAGAAGGAAGAUCAUUGCAAGAUGCUGAGACUCGUGCUCGGAACCCUGACAAUCCUGCAUGUACCUCUCAGUGUGCAAGCGCUGGAGAAGGCAUCGAACGGAUCGUCCAAGACUUGCAUGCAAUCCUUGAUCUGCCGGAAGAUGAGAAUCGAACAGUCCGCCUUCAUCAUCCCUCCUUACGUGACUUUCUUCUCGAUCGAAAUCGAUGCACGGAUAUCAACUUUUGUGUAG